AGUGCGGCGCGGACCGCGACGGCCGGCGACAACUUCGACAACGAUUGGGAAAAUAAUAUUUUUUCGCGCGCUAGUGAAAGAAGUUUUUGUUUAAAAUGAGUUAGGUUGGCAACACUGUGAAGUUUACCAUCCGCGCGGCAAAUGGUGCCGGCGAGUUACAUGAACUAUAUUUUGUGAUAGUGAUUUUGGAUACAUUAUGUUGCUGUUUCUCCUGGCGUUGUCAGCGGUGGGUCAGGUGCGAGGGCACGGGAGGGUGCUGGACCCGCCCUCCAGGGCCACAGCCUGGAGAUAUGGGUUCGAUACGGAGCCCAACUAUGACGACGACGGGCUCAACUGCGGAGGAUUUUAUUAUCAGUGGUCGGUUAACGGUGGAAAAUGCGGGAUUUGCGGCGACGCGUACGACUUAAAAGAGCCCAGACCUCACGAGCUGGGCGGGGUGUACGGCACCGGCGUCAUCGUCAGCCGGCACCUGCCCGGCGCGCUCAUCACCACCACCGUCGAGCUCACCACCUCCCACCAGGGCUACUGGACCUUCAAGCUCUGUCCAGACCCCAACAACAACCAACAGGAGUGCUUCGACAGACAUAUCCUCGAACUUGAAGAAGGAGGGACGCUGUACUACCCCAAAAAGGGUAGUAUAAAGUACGAAGUCACUUACAGACUCCCUCCAGGAAUAGUCUGCGACCACUGCGUUCUUCAGUGGAGGUACACAGCAGGGAACAACUGGGGCGACUGUAAGAAUGGCACCCAAGGACUUGGUUGCGGCAACCAGGAGCAGUUUGGGGCCUGCUCCGAUAUCUCCAUUGGGGUAUCGAGGAACGAGCUGGAAGACAGCAAAACUCCUCAGGAAUAUGGGGAGAUUCCGUACCCGUUGUUGUAUUACUUGAAACACGGCUACUUCGACUCCCAGCAAGGUAAGGAAGUUGAAGAAGUAGACGUGGACAGCAAUAACCUUGGCGCUGAUUGAGUUUAGCAAACUAACUGAUAGUGCACUGUAUAUUAAUUAACGUAGUUACCUUUUAGUUCUGGUUUAACCCAAUAUACUAAUUAUUAGUUCCACCAUUUUUUGGGGAAAUUCUAACAAAAGGUAAAUUAAUUUAUCAAUUAAGUGUAACUUUAUUAUAUUUCCAAGAAAAUUGAAAUCAUAUUUAACUACAUCAUAAAGUUUCGUUGAAAAACCUUGAAAAUAUUACAAAAAUUCGUUAAUUUCUAUGAAAAUUAAAAUAUUACCUGAAUGUUUUGUAUCAAAAUAACAUAAUUGCCUAUUUUCCUGGAAAUACAAGACUUCCAUGUUCACUUGAUGUUAAUUUUAUUAACUUUGAUUUCACUUAGCAAUUCUAGCUAAUAAAUAAUCGUAGCUAGCAACUUUAUAAUUUAAUAAUGUAGCUUGUUACAGUAGCGUACUUGAUUAAUUGUGUUGUCAAAUAUUUGAUAGAUUUAACAGAUUUUAAUGUGUUAUGUAUCCAAAGAAAAAAAUGUACAUAGGAGGCGUAUCAAAUUACACAAUUUGUAUUGUGAUGUUGCUUUAUAAACCUAGUUUUAAGUCAGUAAAUUGACAUUAUAAAUUACUUACUUAGACCACUUAGACAGACAUUAUGCAAUAGAGACUUCUGCAAAUAAUGGUCGAAAGCUAAAAUGUUAUUUUACUGACUCGGAAUUAAAAAUACUUAUUAAUGUAUUAAAAAACCUGUGAUUUAAAUAAGGGAUAAUUAAUCAUAAGCUUUGUGCAGUAAUGCAGUUACUGGCAUGAAGGAAGUCAAUAUUUAAUAAAUAUUUAGAAAAUGUA